GCGGGGCAGUCGGGAGAUCUGAGCCGCACGCCCACUGGGGUGGAUGAGAAGGGGGCCAGCGGCUGCUUCAGGGUGGGCAGCGGGAAUUCAGCCCUGGCGAGGCUGCUAACGCGCAAAUUGCCCCUCUUUGAAAAGACAGGACCUCUCUACUCCUUUCAAAGCUCUUUUUAAAGAGGGCACACCGGAUUCCAUGGAAGCUGGACCUGGGACGCUCUGUGGGAACUUGGAGUCUCUUCUGUCCACUUCCUUUGCAAGUCGCAGCCUUGCUGGGAUGACUGAGGGGGCCUCCCAGCCAUGGCACUGACCAGCGCCCCCACUGCUGACUUGGCCUUUGGUCUCUUUCAGCCUCUGCCGGCAUCUUGCUUUUGCCCCCCUCCUGGAGCCGGGUGGUGAGUCUAGAGGCUCAGCCUGAAGGUGCCUGGAGAGCAUCGGUACCCCAACGGCCCAAGCUGGCGGACCGGGCCAUUGUCAGGAGUGAGGAUGAGAUGAGCGGGGGCCGCUUUGACUUUGAUGAUGGUGGAGCGUACUGUGGGGGCUGGGAGGGGGGGAAGGCGCAUGGGCACGGACUGUGCACCGGCCCCAAGGGCCAGGGUGAAUACUCGGGCUCCUGGAAUUUUGGCUUUGAAGUGGCGGGCGUCUACACCUGGCCCAGUGGCAAUACCUUUGAGGGAUACUGGAGCCAGGGCAAACGGCAUGGGCUUGGCAUAGAGACCAAGGGGCGCUGGCUCUACAAGGGGGAGUGGACGCAUGGCUUCAAGGGGCGCUACGGAAUCCGGCAGAGCACAAGCAGCGGUGCCAAGUACGAGGGCACUUGGAACAAUGGCCUACAGGACGGCUACGGCACCGAGACGUACGCAGAUGGAGGGACCUACCAAGGCCAGUUCACCAACGGCAUGCGGCACGGCUACGGCGUGCGCCAAAGUGUGCCCUACGGGAUGGCGGUGGUGGUGCGCUCCCCGCUGCGCACGUCGCUGUCCUCGCUGCGCAGCGAGCACAGCAAUGGCACGGUGGCUCCGGACUCGCCGGCGGCGGACGGGCCCGCGCUGCCCUCGCCCCCGGUGCCGCGCGGUGGCUUCGCGCUCAGCCUGCUAGCCACCGCCGAGGCUGCGCGUCCCCCGGGGCUGUUCACACGUGGCGCGCUCCUGGGUCGGCUGCGACGCUCCGAGUCGCGCACAUCACUGGGUAGCCAGCGCAGCCGCUUGAGCUUCCUCAAGAGCGAGCUGAGCUCGGGCGCCAGCGACGCCGCGUCCACCGGCAGCUUGGCCGAGGGUGCCGAGGGCCCCGACGAUGCGGCCGCGCCCUUCGACGCCGACAUCGAUGCCACCACCACCGAGACCUACAUGGGCGAGUGGAAGAACGACAGGCGCUCAGGCUUUGGCGUGAGCGAGCGCUCCAGCGGCUUGCGGUACGAGGGUGAGUGGCUGGACAACCUGCGCCACGGCUACGGCCGCACCACGCUGCCCGAUGGCCACCGUGAGGAGGGCAAGUACCGCCACAACGUGCUGGUCAAGGGCACCAAGCGCCGCGUGCUGCCGCUCAAGAGCAACAAGGUCCGCCAGAAAGUGGAGCAUGGCGUCGAGGGCGCACAGCGUGCAGCAGCCAUCGCUCGCCAGAAGGCUGAGAUCGCUGCCUCCAGUUUUGAGGCUUUCCGUCUGCUGUUGGAAGGGAAGGCAUCGGCUUUUCGUGCAUGGACCCAGAAGCAGAGAGUGAGACAGGAAGUGCACCUAGUGACCUUUUACCGGCUAGGCCUCACUCUAGUGCCACCAGCCGGGGACCAGGCAUUUAAAGAGCAUGGGGGCUGGAGAGACGGCUUGGCCUGUUAAAGUGUUCACUGCACUUGCAGAAGGCCUGGCGUUGGUUCCCAGCUCUCACAACUCUGGUUCCAGGGCAUCUGACUCGGCAGGCUCAUGUAUGAAUGUGGUGUACAU